CCGCAUCGGUCCGUAGAUCCCAACCUCCCGGCCUGCCGGCACCCGCCUCCCGCAAUCCAAAGUCGCCGACGCCGUCGCAAGCGAAAAGUCCACGACCUUUUCCGCGAGCGAGAGGGAGAUGGGUUGCUGCAGCAGCCGGAGCCGGAGCUCCGAUUCGCCGGCCAGCCGCGCGAAGCGGUGGCGCUCCACGGGCAUCGUCGCUCUCCGCGACGCCAGGUUGAAGGAAGUGCCAAAUGAAGUUCUGCAAGUGGGAAAUUCCUUGAGAACUCUGGAUUUGACAAACAACAAACUAGUUGAGAUUUCCCAGGAUGUUGGCACACUUGUGAAUAUGCAAAGACUUGUUUUGGCUGGUAAUUUGAUUGAAAACAUUCCAGCUAACGUUGGACACCUGCGGAAUCUUAAAAUCCUCACCCUUGACAGAAAUAGGAUCUCUAUCUUGCCUGAAGAAUUGGGUUCUCUGUCAAACCUUCAGCAACUUUCUAUUUCUCAGAAUUCUUUACUGUGCCUGCCUAAGAGUGUAGGAGAUUUGCGCAAUAUGUCAAUACUCAAUGUAUCUGAUAACAAACUAAAGGAACUUCCGGAAUCAAUUGGAGGUUGCAACUCCCUGGAAGAAUUGCGAGCAGAUGGGAAUUCAAUUGAAGACGUGCCCUCGUCAAUUUGCAACCUUGUUUGCCUUAAAUCCUUAUCACUGAAUGGAAACAAAAUUUGUCAGCUUCCGCAAAAUUUACUGAAAGACUGCACGGCUCUUCAGAGUAUAUCGCUGCACGACAACCCAAUCACAAUGGACCGGUUCCAACAAAUGGAUGGAUUCAACGAGUUUGAGGCGCGCAGACGGAAGAAAUUUGACAAGCAGAUCGAUUCGCGUGUCAUGAUGGGCUCCACGGCCCUGGAUGAAGGGGUUGAUUUCCACUGAUUGUAGAGCUCAAGUGGCUUCCAUUUUUUCUAGUUGGUCAGGGCCAAUUGUAGAAUUGUACAUAUCAAUCUCUGAUCCCGUAAAGAAAAACAGCAAACACACAUAAAUGAGCCAAAAAUUCCUGAUUUUUGCUUGAACAUUCGCAGUAAGUGAGAUUGCACAUCUUAUGCUCCUAUGAGGAAACA